CAAGUGGGCAGACGAGCUCAACAAUGUCCUAUGGGCAUACAGAACUACGAGCUGAACUGCUACAGGAAAACCUUGAUCUGCUUGGGGAAAACCUUGAUCUGCUUGCUGAAGUCAGAGAAGAAGCUCGGCUUCGAACUCUUGUAUACAAGCAGAAACUAGCCAACUUCUACAACAAACGGGUCCGCCCUCGAACAUUUAAAGUAGGAGACCUUGUUCUCAGAAAAGCUGGCCUAACGGGGUUCGAAACUCGUUUUGGCAAACUUGCCCCAAAUUGGGAAGGCCCCUAUGCCGUGGCUGAGGUGCCACAUCCUGGUGCUUAUAUUCUCCAAGACGCUGAAGGAAAGAGAGUUCCUAGAGUCUGGAAUGUCAAUAACUUGAAGAAAUUUUAUCCCUAAUAAAAUUCUUUCAAGUGUUUUAAGUCU